AUGACACUCCGGAAAGGCGAGCGGACCACCAUCAGCAUCCAGGAGCACAUGGCCAUUGACGUCUGCCCCGGACCUAUCCGACCCAUCAAGCAGAUCUCGGAUUACUUCCCCCGCUUCCCCCGAGGGCUCCCGGCCACCGUCAGCCGCAGCAACAGCCUGCGCUCCUCGCCGUCGUCCUCCGCUGCCGGGCAGCUGGCGGUCAGCCCUUCGGAGACGACGGCGCCCCGGGAGGACGACGAAGAUGUGGACCAGCUCUUCGGCGCCUACGGGACCGAGGCGCCGGCCGAGCAGCCGGCCAAGCGGCGAGCUGAGCCGGAGGAGGAGGCGGCGGAGGCGGUGGACCCCGAGGGCUACGAGUCGGAUGACUGCACUGCCCUGGGGACAUUAGAUUUCAGCUUGCUGUAUGAUCAAGAGAACAACGCUCUCCACUGCACUAUCAACAGAGCCAAGGGUCUCAAGCCCAUGGAUCACAAUGGACUCUCAGACCCCUAUGUGAAACUACACCUGCUUCCUGGCGCCAGCAAGGCGAAUAAGCUGCGGACCAAAACCUUGCGGAACACCUUGAAUCCGACUUGGAAUGAAACCCUGACGUACUACGGGAUCACCGACGAGGACAUGAUCCGCAAGACGCUCAGAAUUUCUGUUUGCGACGAGGACAAAUUCCGCCACAACGAGUUCAUCGGAGAAACGAGGAUCCCUUUGAAGAAACUAAAGCCCAACCAGACCAAGAAGUUCUACAUCUGCCUGGAGAAGCAACUGCCGAUAGACAAAACAGACGACAAGUCCUUGGAGGAGCGUGGCCGGAUCCUUAUUUCCCUCAAAUACAGCUCCCAAAAGCAAGGCCUGCUGGUGGGCAUCAUCCGCUGCGCCCAUUUGGCUGCCAUGGAUGCCAACGGCUACUCAGACCCCUACGUGAAAACAUACUUGAAACCGGAUGAAGACAAGAAAUCCAAGCACAAGACGGCGGUGAAGAAGAAAACACUCAACCCUGAAUUCAACGAGGAAUUUUGCUACGAGAUUAAGCACGGUGACUUGGCGAAGAAGACCUUGGAGGUGACGGUGUGGGACUAUGACAUUGGCAAAUCAAACGACUUUAUUGGUGGCGUGGUGCUUGGGAUCAAUGCCAAAGGGGAGCGCCUGAAGCACUGGUUUGACUGCUUAAAAAACAAGGAUAAGAAGAUUGAGCACUGGCACACGCUCACAAACGAGCUGCCGGGGGCCCUCCUCAGCGAUUGACCUCACAGACACACCCCGGGUACCUGGGAAGAGCAUAGCACACAACCCUGGCCAAGGAACAACGGCUGCCUUCAGAUUUCCUGUUUACUUCAUGCCAUGGGAGGGAUCCCAUGUCGGCAAGGAUUGAGAGGGGGCGGGCCUUGCUUGGAAGGUCCCAGCUCCAGCCAAUAUGCAGGGAACUAUUUGACACUGCUACACGCCCCCCUAAAACAAAACAAAAAAAACCACAACAACUUGUUAU